GGAUAACUUUGGACGGGCCACAGUGUUUGCCCUGUACAAGGCCAUAGAGGAAGCGGUGAACCACAUGACAGUGUCUGCCUUCCAGCAGAGACCCCAGACUGUGUUUUUAUGUGAGGAGGACGCUACCCUGGAACUGAGGGUUAAAAGUGUCACCUACUUCCAAGGUGAGCCCAUGCUUACCAAAUGGUCCAUGCUAUCUGGGAUCCUUGGGACGUCCCUACCCCCCAUUGAAGUUGGUUAACAUAAGGGUUAGGUUAGGGAUGUCCCAAGAAUGCUGGAUAGCACUGAACCUUACCAAAUGACUUAAUCCCCACUGUUUAUUUCAUGAUUGUGGUCCUCUGUAGCUCAGCUGGUAGAGCACGGCGCUUGUAACGCCAAGGUAGUGGGUUCGAUCCCCGGGACCACCCAUACACAAAAAUUUAUGCACGCAUGACUGUAAGUCGCUUUGGAUAAAAGCGUCUGCUAAAUGGCAUAUUAAUUUAAUAUUAAUUGUGCCUUAUGAACAAAUGCUUCAUCGAUUCAGUGUUUCAUGUUAUUUUUGGCCUAGGAUUUAUUUAUUUUAUUUAACAAAAACUAAAAUGUGAGUAAAAUGAAAAUCUAACUCACUUGAGCUAUUGUUAUUUCCCCUUUAGGACACAUCUGGAAACCUGCAAUGACAAAGAUGCAGGACCUUCCUGGAUAGGAGCAGGAUGGAGGACAGUGCCAUCGAGUGGAAUGAAAAUUAAACUAUUAUUACAGAUAUAAUUUAAAUGAACAAUAUUGAACUUUCAAUCAUUCAUUCGUUUUCAACUCAUGUAUAUUUAACAUUGUAAAAGCAUUGUGUUUAAUACACAUUUCGAUGUCCCCUUAUUCAAAUAAUUACAUGUACUGAUUGCAUGUUUUAUUUAAAUGUAAUUUACCCACCUUGGCAACAUUCACAAGGCCGCAGGGCCAGACGGAUUACCAGGACGUGUACUCCGAGCAUGUGCUGACCAACUGGCAAGUGUCUUCCACUGAUAUUUUCAACAUGUCCCUGACUGAGUCUGUAAUACCAACAUGUUUCAAGCAGACCACCAUAGUCCCUGUGCCCACGAACACUAAGGUAACCUGCCUAAAUGACUACCGACCCGUAGCAUUCACGUCUGUAGCCAUGAAGUGCUUUGAAAGGCUGGUCAUGGCUCACAUCAACACCAUUAUCCUAGAAACCCUAGACCCACUCCAAUUUGCAUACCGCCCCAACAGAUCCACAGAUGAUGCAAUCUCUAUUGCACUCCACACUGCCCUUUCCCACCUGGACAAGAGGAACACCUACGUGAGAAUGCUAUUCAUUGACUACAGCUCAGUGUUCAACACCAUAGUGCCCUCAAAGCUCAUCACUAAGCUAAGGAUCCUGGGACUAAACACCUCCCUCUGCAACUGGAUCCUGGACUUCCUGACGGGCCGCCAAGUCUAGGUCCAAAAGGCUUCUCAACAGCUUCUACCCCCAAGCCAUAAGACUUCUGAACAUCUAAUCAUGGCUACCCGGACUAUUUGCACUGCCCCCCCACCCCACCCCCCUCUUUUAUGCUGCUGCUACUCUGUUUAUUAUUUAUGCAUAGUCACUUUAACUCUACCCACAUGUACAUAUUACCUCAAUUACCUCGACUAGCAGGUGCUCCCGCACAUUGACUCUGCACCGGUACCCCCCUGUAUACAGCCUCCCUACUGUUAUUUUACUUUACUGCUGCUGUUUAGUUAUUUGCUUUUAUUUUUUUACUCAACACUUUUUCUAUUUUAAUUGUUUUUAAUUGUUUUAAUGCAUUGUUGGUUAAGGGCUUGUAAGUAAGCAUUUCACUGUAAUGUCUACAUCUGUUGUAUUCGGCGUAUGUGGCAAAUAAAAUGUGAUUUGAUUUGAUUUACAAAUAACCACUAGCACUCAACAAUAAGCCUUAAUACCUCCUAAAAUAGCAUGAAAAGAGGUGGGUAGGAACAAUGAAACAGAAUAAGGCAUCUUGAUACAGCCUACAUAUACUACCAUUUGUGAGUGUUCAAGUAAACUAAGGACUUUUAUUUUGAAGCUUUUUGCGCGAUUUGGACCCGUUAAUGACGCUUAUUGGCGCUGAUUUUUUCAUCGGUACCCAAGGACGACCCACGUGACCUUAGUGAAACGGUUGUCCUUAGCGUCUAUAUGCUGCGUUCAAAACAACUGGGAAAUCGGAAAUAUCCGACUUCAGUUUGUUCAAGACAACUGGGAACUUGGAAAAAACAGUUUUGAACGAUCAUCCAACUCGGAAUUCCAACUCGGGAACUCGGACCUCUUUCUAGACCUGAAGAUCACUGAUGUCAUGAUUUGACCUCGUAUUUUUCCGAGCUCCCAGUUGUCAUCAACGCACCAAUAGCCACAAAGUCAUAAACAAUAUCAAACACAGAAACCGAUGAAAAGCUCUUCGUGUACAUACGGGAACUUAUGUCGUCACUGAUGUGGGCCGCUCACGAGCAAGGUUGCCAUGUUCGUUUUAUCCUGAAUUUAGGCUACUUUUAAAACGAUGUUGCGGGUGAAAAUGUAUAUAAAAUAUAUAUAUAUAUAUAUAUAUUUUUUUUUUCUUCCCAUUGUGACCUGUUGCUGCUGACUAUCAGGCAGUGAGGCAGGCUGUUGCUGAGUGAGUGGUGGAGAGGGCCGGUGGCGUGUGUGUGUGUGUUGAGAGAGACCGCUGCAUGCGAUAGUCCACUAUUGGCUGGAGACAGAGCAGCAAACGCGCACGCCUUGACAACUUUAUACCAGUUGUAGGUAGGCUAUUUAACUUGUCAUUAUGCGGGAGUGGAACUUUUAAAUAGAUGUUAUGGAACUCCCUCGCGUGCUUCUGUUAUUGGGAAAAGUCUUCAAUGAAACUGACAUUAAAUGUGGAGAAUGAUACAUUUGCAUCUGUUGGCCAUCAAGUAGCCUAUUGAUUUAAAUGUCAUUGUAGGCUACCAUUUGAUACAAUAAAUAUGUUGAAAUGACUAUCACUGGAGUCAUUGCAAAUCAAUUUGUGCCACUUGUGUAGCCUACUAGGAACUGGCAAACGGAUUUAAUAAAUAGCCUAUAACUUUAGUGUAUUGUUGUUGUAGCCUUGUUUUAUUAUGCAAUUAUUAAAUGGGCCUGUUUAGUUAAUUAAAUUGGAAGUUAUCAAAGCUAUCGCAAUUGCCGAUCAGUUGUUAGAACGCAUUUGAUUGACGGUAAAUCAGUCAGUCAGAUUAGGCUACAGGUUAAAAAUAAAUAAAAAAUAAACACUGGCUGUUGUUGACAAGCAUAUUAAGUUCAUAUAAAUAUGAUUAGUAUUUAAUUCAGUGAUUGAAAUUAUGACCCAAUCAUCAGUAGCCUAUUCCAGCAGCCUAUAGGGAAACACACGCACGUCUUACCUCGAAAUGGCCAAACUAUUCAUAUUGAACAGAUUAGUCUGUUAAUUUGAAUUAAGCAAGCUGCUAAAUCGUUCAGUUUAGAUCUAGCCUACCUUUUGCCUAGACUACUGUAGACUAUCUGAAAUAAGAUGUAGGCCUAUCAGGGGCUAUAGGCUACCUGCAUCUAUCUAAGCAAACCAUGGCAAAGUUGAAUUAUAACCAUUAACCCGGAUUUUAGUCUGUAGCCAUUUAUAACUUUUUGUAGUGUUAAUAAAUAAUAAAGGCACAAUUGCCAGAAAAUAGCCUAACAUUCGUUUUUUAAAGUUCAUCCAAGUGUUUCUUGCUCAAAGAUUUCGAGAUCCUCUGUCCAACUUUCAUCACUCACACUCUCCUGUUUAAUUUAUCUAUAGUUAUGUACAUGGGCAAAAGGGAUUUAUAUACAAUUAUAAACAGGUUCCAGCCAUGAAUGCUGAUUGGCUGACAGACAUGGUAUAUCACACCACAUACCAUGGGUAUGACAAAAAAGUACUUUUAUGUUGGUAAUCAGUUUAUAAUAGCAAUAUGGCACCCUGGGUUUUGUGGUAUAUGGCCAAUAUACCACAGCUAUAUCCAGGCACUCCAUGUUGGUCAUGCUUAAGAACAGCCCUUAGAUGUGGUAUAUUUGCCAUAUACCAUACCCCCUCAUGCGUUAUUGCUUAAUCAUAGCAGUCAAACGAGUUAAAUCGACAUCCAUUGAUGGAAAAUUAUCUGGCAAGUUUAAUAAGUGCAAAUUAUAUAUAUGUUAUCUUGCAACAUAUUCAAAUUAGUUUAUUACAUGUCAUGGUUUGCAAUUAUUAUUAUUUUGAUGAAAACCGAAUUUAGCGUUACAAGUUAUGUCGAUAUUCCGUGUUAAUUGGCUCGAUAACAUUAUGGAAAAACAGUUUCUUCUAUAAAUGUGUCAACUCAUCUCUUGCUGUUGGGAAAAAAAAGUAGUAGUUUUCAGGGCUUUUGUGCGGGUUUUGAGUAGUCGUUGGUACAUACAUUUUUGCUACAACCUGGCAACCCUGCUCACGAGGUUAACUCCUUUCCCAGGAGCUUGUUGGAGUGGGUGAAUGCGUCGCGCCGAUGGACCGGUGAAAUUAGUAAAAUUCACCUAAACCAACCUUCUCUUCAUUCCGCGAGUAAGCUAUAAAAAUGCCGGCAUAUUUCCAACGUCCGGAGAAUGCUCUCAAACGAGCAAAUGGUGAGUCGUAGAGGGUAAUUUGCUAGCUAGGUAUUCAUUGUUGGUUUGCCAUGGUUAACGUAGCUAGCUACGCAUGGCGGGGAAGCCAUGUUUCAAGUAUACACUCGUUCAGGCCACCCGUGUCACCAGGCCUUAGUUAGGGUUCCACCACCCAAUGACGUGAAAUGUGUCAUGGCCCUGCCAAUUCAGCAAGAUUAGCCACUUGAAAUCGAAAAUCACACUAACUAUCAGAUUGUCUCACUGACAUCAAAAAGUACCUGCCAUCUUUGCUCACACUGACACUGAUUACAGUAGCAUUUAAACGUCAGCACAUCCUAGCCCUGAAGAGGGGCUAACGUAUUAACAAUACCCCGUCAUCAUCAAGCUAAGAUAGUAAGUGGCUAACUAGUGGCACAGUGAGCAACUUGUCCAACUCGCUUUGAUGUCCGUAACUAAUCAGUUUAGCCACAUGUAACGUUAACUAUCAACUGAAAGGUAACAAGUUCUGCUGGUUAAUGUUUUUAGAAUUGUCUUGGAUAUAUAACUAGCAAACUAGAUUGCAUCACCAAAACAAGGCCCUACUAAGAUUGUCUAUCAAUUGCAGUAGCUAAAUGUGGUAGUUAGCUAGUUAGGCACCGUUAAUUAGGAUGAAUGAGUCAGUUGUCACAGCUAACAUUCUCUGUACUCACUCAUCUUGCAGUUAUAUUGUCGCUUAGUAGUACCAAUAGUCGUAAUUCGUCAAGAUAUGUCUGGUUUGAGGAGGAGCUACCCCAUUCAUAGACGCUAACUGCUCUUUAGUGCCUCUGAUGAUAGUUUGUUCUGGUCGGGGAUCUUUUGUUAAGAGCGCCUUCGCUCGUUUUGAACGUUAAAACGCAUCGCAUACGGUACAGUUUUGGAAACAUAAAGAAAGUGUCUUUAAUAUGAGCGAGAAACAAUACAUAAAAAAAAAAAAAAAGGUUAUUCUUCGAUUAGUUUUAACGGUGGUUGGCAUCCAUGUUGCAUUACCGCCACCUACUAGACUGGAGUAUAACUCCCUUAUACUUUGCUUUAAAAAAAUAAAAAAUAAUACAAAUUAUAAUACUCUACCAUCUAAACAUAAAAAACAAUAAUAAUAACCAUACUCCACUAUUUAAAACUAUUUAGUCCUACUUCAGGCCAACAGCCUGAAAGGAUGGGACACCGCCACUUAACACACCCUGGAACUCUUCUGAUGUCAAGUCUUGCACUCCCAAAUACCUCUCUGCAGCUGCCACCACAACCUCUAUUUUCUGCGACUUACGUUCCAUCCCUGCAGUACAGUUGAUAACCAUUGCUAUAAAUGCCAAAAAUCCAAUCUUACUGAAACAUAUAUCACUUGUUGGCCUAUCCCUCUGUACUGGUACAGAUCUACUACUCACACCACUCCUCUCAGGAUCCCUCCCCCUUGACCCAUCUUCCUCUACUUUCUUCACUGCCUCAGCAUAUGACAACUUCUGCACUAUAACCCUGGAAACCUCAACCUGCCUCUCUAGCACGGGACAUUUCUGAUCCCCAGCCCCAUGGGCACCCCUACAAUUAACACAUACCACGACUUUCCCCAAUGCUACACAUUCCUUAGUCUCAUGCCCUUCUGCACACUUCUCACACCUAGGAACCGCCCUCCUACACACUGCUGCCACAUGCCCAUAAACUUGACACCUGUAACAAUGUAAUGUAUUUGGCACAAAUGCUUGUACAGGAUAACUUGUAUAUCCUAACAUCACUUUGUCGUGCAAAUACAUAUAACUCAAAAGAACAGACAAUGACUCUUCUGUUUCUCCACUCACGCCACCCUGUUUGCGUCGCACCAAAUGACGAGCAUCACAAACCCCGGGAAUCUUCCCCUUCAGUUGGUCAGCUUUCACAUUUACCGCUAUCCCAGUAAUCACUCCUGUCAAUGGCGCCCUUUUCUUAAGAUCAAAACAAUUCACAUCUCUUGCCCCUAUUCAUUAAACACGGAGCGCCUGCUCCCUCUGACGAGCAGAAACACAAAUAAUUAUCACUAGACCACUUCUGGUUACCCUAACCGAUUCCACAGCACCCAACUCUGUUUACACCCACCCUGAAACCGCAAAUGGAUCAGCCAUAAGGCAAGGGUCCAUUUUUUCCAGAACCUUCACUCCUAUUGUCACAGACUUAUCUUUAUCCUGAACUUCGGUGCAAGCCUCGGGCUCCAAGAAGUUCACCACACCUACCAGCUCCGCCCUCAUUCACUUCCAUUUCUCCUCCUGUCUUCAGCUCACUCUGCUUAUACUUUUUACCAUUCUUCUUUAACAAACUAUCUCCCUUUUUCCCACAAUUUUUAACCGACUCAAUCUCACCCUCUUCCCCCCUCUCUCUCUUAGACCUCCUCUGCCUCUCUUUUUCCCUCCAUUCCUCCUCCAUAUUCCAAGUAAAACUCUCCUUAUGAUAAUACUGCACUUCUCCUGACAUCUUGUUCUUGCCUUGUCAAGGAACGCCAUUUAAUCGGCUGUCACAAUCUCCGUACAAUCAGCACGAACCCCUCGGGAUGUAGCGCUCAACAGCGCAUCCCACUUGUAAAUCAGCUGCUUCGUCUUGAUGUUCUUCUUUAUCAUGAUCUUUUCCAUUUCAAACAAGCGCGCUCUCUUUCUCCUGGAUUCCGACGCGCUCCUUCAACCACCAACCUCAAAACAAAAGGUUAAAUGACUACACACCUUUUUGUAGGGUUACUUCUUGCGCUUCCCAGAGCAGAGCUGUUGUCAAGGAAGUGAGUUUUUGUGUUUAUACAGGAGCUCCCGCCCACACCUACCGUCAACCAGUCAUGUCAAUGCGGAGCUAUACAGAGCCCUCCACAUUAUUAAAUCAUUUGGGAGGCGCACGGCAUCGCCUUACUGAGCUCGAUUUGGCCUCCGGAGGCUCUGCAAUUGCAUCACAACCUCCGUACAGCAUUGUCGGAUCAAGCAUAAAUCAGCUGUUAGUGUUCUCACACGGCCAUAUCUCCAUGUUACAGCGCUUGUUUACGGAAGACGGAUGGAAGAUAUAGGUGGUCACCAGUGCCAAUUAGCUAUCUAGUGCGGUCCUAACACGUGUGUAUGCGUAACUGGGGAAGAAGUGUAGUUCGUCAACUGGAGGCACAUAGCGUUUAGAUCUGUACAAAACUGGUACAGUAAGUGUAAAACAUUUAUUCUCGCUGAUAUGAAAGAUAAGGGGCAUAUCUGCAUAUGUUUCAAAAGCCGUUUUGCAAUCAGUGAUUAUUGACGUUUCUAAACUUUAAAACACAGCGUCGAAAUUGUAGUUUGCAUGCAGCCAACCGUGGGGGAAGCUAACUGCUGAAAACCCUAUGUAUAAUAAGACAGGUUUUCAAGGGCUAGGGAGUAGCUAGCUAAAUGGUUAGGUUGAUAGCUCUACUUUCAACUAUCAGAUCUUUUUCAUCCAUUUGGUGUCCCAUGAAUAUAAAUGUUAUAUUAUAGCAAGUAGCAACUGAUUCACCAUCAACACUAUUAUGCUGUUUGCAUCCAUUUUCAUGUAAUUUGCUGUGUUUGUACAGAGUUCUUGGAGGUUGGCAAAAAGCAGCCAGCUUUGGAUGUUUUGUACGAUGUCAUCAAGAGCAAAAAGCAUCGAACAUGGCAGAAGAUCCACGAGCCCAUCAUGGUCAAGUACCUGGAGCUCUGCGUCGACCUGCGCAAGAGCCACCUGGCAAAGGAGGGUCUCUACCAGUACAAGAACAUCUGCCAGCAGGUCAGAGGAAGCACACUCUUUGAUAACCCUAAAUGUUGGAUACUAUUGAUACUAUUGAGUCACUCACCUGCCGUAGUGAAUGGUCCAAUGCAGCCGUUUUUAUCUCAAUGUCAAAUAAUUUCUGCGUAAAAAUUAAGUAUCUUACUGUGAUUGUUUUCAAUUAAAAUGGUCAAAAAGAAACAAAUAGCUUCUUAGCAAAGAGCAAUUUCUCAAGCAAGAAUUUUGAUAGGAGUGGUCUGAGUGUGGAGGGGAAAAGUGAACACUACCAGUUAUUGGCAGAGAGGUUUGUAACUCUUUCUUAUUGGUCUGCUAACUAAUUUACCUCCUGGUGAUGCCACCAGCCAGGCCAAAACUCCACCCCACCAAAACAGGCAGACAUUUCAGGCGGUCUUUUCAAACAGCCCUUACACUAAAAGGGAAUUAUAAUUUUCACAGUAUUAUUCCAACCUCAUUUUAUAUAUACAGUGCCAGUCAAAAGUUUGGACACACCUACUCAUUCAAGGUUUUUUCUUUAUUUGUACUCUUUUCUACAUUGUAGAAUAAUAGUGAAGACAUCAAAACGAUGAAAUAACACAUAUGAAAUCAUGUAGUAACCAAAAAAGUGUUAAACAAAUCAAAAUAAAUGUGAGAUUCUGCAGAAUGCUGUGGUAGCCAUGCUGGUUAAGUGUGCCUUGAAUUCUAAAUAAAUCACAGACAGUCACAAGCAAAGCACCCACACAUAAACACCAUAACACCUCCUCCUGUGUGUAUAUUAAAUAUACACUGGGCCUUUAAGCAUGAGCCUCUAUUUCGUGUUGUAGGUGAACAUCAAAUCCCUGGAGGAUGUGGUUCGAGCCUACCUGAAGCUGGCCGAAGAGAAGACUGAGACCGCCAAGGGGGAGUCGCAGCAGAUGGUUCUGGACAUUGAGGACCUUGAUAACAUCCAGACUCCUGAGAGGUAUUUAUUUCACCUUGAAUUAAACUAGGAAGUUAAAUGGGGCCAUUAAACAUUUAUUGUGAUGGGCUGAUACUAUAAUUCAGAUAUAUUGGACUAUCGGCACACUUAUUGUUACUACCUUUAAUAGUGGUAACCAUGCUAACAGUCGUGCUUCACCUCUGCUGUAAACCAUUCAAGUGGUGGUGUGCACAGUGAUGGGAAAGGGGGAUACCUAGUCAGUUGCACAACUGAAUGCAUUCAACUGAAAUGUGUCUUCCGCGUUUAACCCAACCCCUCUGAAUCAGAGAGGUGCGGAGGGCUGCUUUAAUUGACAUCCACAUCUUCGGCGCCCGGGGAACAGUCGGUUAACUGCCUUGCUCAGGGGCAGAACGACAGCUCGGGGAUUCGAUCCAGCAACUUUUCGGUUACUGUCCCAACGCUCCUACCCGCAAGGCUACCUUCCACCCCGAAAUGUUGACGGUGUAGUUCUGUGAGCUCAAGUAUUGAUGUAUGACUUUCUGUGUGAUCCUAGUGUACUUCUAAGUGCUGUGAGUGGUGAAGACACCCAGGAUCGUACAGACCGUCUGCUGCUCACUCCUUGGGUGAAAUUUCUGUGGGAAUCCUACCGCCAAUGCCUGGACCUGCUGCGGAACAACUCCAAGGUGGAGCGCCUCUACCAUGACAUUGCCCAACAAGGUGAGAGAAAGAAUCCCGCCUAAUUACACCAAAAAUAACAAAUAACGGUUGAGCACGCUUUGUAAUGUUUCUAAAGCAAGAAAUGUAUUACUAGUAAGAAAUAAUGUGGUAUAUUGCUCAAUUAAAUUUUUGUGACCGGAGUCUUUUAACCAAUCAUUUAGAUACAAUAGUAAAACAGACAAACAGUUCUACAACUGAACAUCACAAAUCAACAGUGCCUGCCCUGCCACAAAUGAGUGAUAAGUCUUAUUUAUUAUUAUUAUUAGUUCAAGGCUCUAACGCUGACAUUUUUUACAAUGAGUACAUUUCUCUAUUUAGGAGCACACAAAUACAUUUAGGAGCACAAUGCAAUUAUUUGGAUGUUUUAAUGAUAAGGAAUUACUAAAAGUUCAUGAAUAAGCGUUUUUGGAGUGUUCCAUGCUCAUUCAAGCACAAUGUACCCCCAAAUAUUUGAGUAAUUUAGGUGAGACAGAAAUGUUCAGCUGCUCCUUUAAACUUGUACAAUUGGGCUUUGGAUGGAUUCUUUCCCCCUCCCAAAUGCUGUGUGACCACCCGCCAACGUGGCUAGUGAAAUAGACAUUCUUACCCGCCAAUGCCAAAAUCUACCCACAUGUUGGCGGGUGUUAAUUUCCCACCCUGAAGAUGUACAUGAGGGUCGGAAAAUAUUAGUAUCUCCAGAAAGAUUGUAUUUGAAAAUAACAUAAUCAUUUCGUAUCCGUGCCUGGUCUGAGUUUAGGUUUGACAUUAUCUAACAAUCUUGUUAUUAGAAAUAUAUAUUAGUCUGAGAUGGGUAAGUGUAGUAUGCUGUGACUUAGUUUUUUUCCUAACGUUAGGUUUACUCACACUGUCACCAUAUCACAGUAUGAAGUGUAAUUAUGGUUCAUAAUUCAAGCUAAAGUCAACAGUUGCCAGUGUUGUAAACGUUGAUGUAAAUGUAAAAUAAUAUGUAUUGCUCCGCAUCCUAACCAUAUCCUGAUGUGCUCCACAGCUUUCAAGUUCUGCCUUCAGUACACCCGUAAGGCAGAGUUCCGGAAGCUGUGCGACAAUCUACGCAUGCAUCUGGGUCAGAUCCAGCGCCACCACAACCAGAGCACGGCCAUCAACCUGAACAACCCUGAGAGCCAGUCUAUGCACCUGGAGACACGGCUGGUGCAGCUGGACAGUGCCAUCGCCAUGGAGCUCUGGCAGGUAUGAUGUCAUAGAUGCAGGGAUGGAAAUGAAGCUUGCCUGCUCGCCUGAGGCGAGUGUUUUUCAGAACGGCAGCAGCUGCCUAGCCAUCAGGCGGGUGAGAUUUUCAGAGAGCGAGGGAAAUGCAUUUUAAGGUGUUUUAUGAGCCGCUGUGAUUUGCACAUGUAUUAAAAUGCUCUAUAUCAACAACUCCACCUUAAAAGUCUAAUUACUGCUCUGGGGUGGGCUGGCUAGCUGUGGGCUACUUAGCUGGCCAUUGGCGAGUGUUCAUGUUGACGUAGCUAGCUACAGUGUAGUUGAUUGAUUGACAUGCGAGUAGACCGCUAGCCUCGAUCCUCUGCCUUCGAGGCGGCGGGUAAACGGAUAUGCACAAGUUUAGUUUGGUUGCCAAGCAACAAAUUGGAAGUUUUGGAAUGGCCUAGUCAAAGUCCAGACCUAAUCCCAAUUGAGAUGUUGUGGCAGGACUUGAAACGUGCAGUUCAUGCUUGAAAACCCACACGUCACUGAGUUAAAGCAGUUCUGCAUGGAAGAGUGGGCCAAAAUUCCUCCACAGCGACGUGAGAGACUGAUCAACAACUACAGGAAGCAUUUGGUUGGAGUCAUUGCAGCUAAAGGUGGCACAACCAGUUAUUGAGUGUAAGGGGGCAAUUACUUUUUCACACAGGGGAAUUGGGUGUUGCAUAACUUUGUUUAUGAAAUAAAUAUGUAAUUGUGUUAUUUGUUCACUUAUGUUCCCUUUAUCUAAUAUUAGGUUUUGGUUGAAGAUCUGAUAACAUUCAGUAUCACAAAUAUGCAAAAGUAGAGAAAAUUAGAAAGGGGGCAAAUACUUUUUCAUAGCACUGUAUGUCUAUAUCUGCUGGGCGCUCACCUCACAUAUAUACGACUAUAUAAACUGGGCUAGUAACAUCUUAGCCGGGCUAGUAGCAAUUCCAGUCUACUAGCCCGGAUGGCCAGUGCCCAAAAGCCUUGAGUUCCAUCACUGCGUAUAUGAUUAGCUUGCAAUAUUGUAACUGUUGCAUCUAGAAGAAGAAUACUUUAUUGUCCAUAUUUUCUUUUUUCAACAAGCAAUUUUUUGAUCUACAUUUUAUUAUGAACAUUGAUUUUAUGUGUUAUGAAUGGUGACAUUAGAAUUGUGAUUUUUACAGGAAGCUUUCAAAGCUGUGGAAGACAUCCAUGGCCUCUUUGCCCUUUCCAAGAAGCCCCCCAAGCCUCAACUUAUGGCCAACUACUACAACAAGGUGUCCACUGUGUUUUGGAAGUCUGGGAACGCCCUGUUCCACGCCUGCACCCUCCACCGCCUCUACCACCUCUCCAGGGAGAUGCGCAAGAACCUCACCCAGGAGGAGAUGCAGAGGUAUGCUAUCCCAGUCCUUACCAGUCUCUGCUGGAAUGUGUGGCACGUAGAAAUAUAUAAUUACUAGAACGGCCAUUCUCAAGCCAAUGUUUGAUAGGCAGAUCCGAGGUUGCAGGUCAGGCAGGUGCUCACGGCUCUCUUUUCUCUCUCUUCCUCAGGAUGUCCACAAGGGUCCUCCUGGCCACCCUGUCCAUUCCCAUCACCCCGGAGCGCACGGACAUCGCCCGCCUGUUGGACAUGGACGGCAUCAUCGUGGAGAAACACCGCAGGCUGGCCACACUACUGGGCCUGCAGUCCCCACCAACCCGCCAGAGCCUCAUCAAUGACAUGGUAUAUACACACACACAUACAUGGAACAGACUAUAAAAAGAACCAUAGGGAUUUGUGUUUGUGAGCAGGCUGGGUAUAAGAGGCUGGUGACAGAAUGUCUCAUAUUUCAGACAGUGUUAGGAGUUUGCAUUCUAAUGCUAGACUUGUUUUAGUCCUGUGAACAACCCAUACAGAUACAUUUGUUUAUUACAUCACCUUAACUAACUGCUGUUGCUUUUGUCAGGGGUUGUUCACUGAGUGCAUGUUAUGUUUCCCUUUAGGUGAGGUUCAAUCUGCUGCAGUACAUUGUACCUGAAGUGAAGGAGCUGUACAAUUGGCUGGAGAUGGACUUCCACCCACUGAAGCUGAGCGGAAGAGUAGCAAAGGUAACAUUUGAAUUCAGAUUCAAUUUGACUUGCAACUGUACAAAAACAAUACACAAUGUACAAUGCAUACAUACAAUUCCUCUAAAAUGACAGCUAUUUGUUACAUGGCUGAUUUGUUUACCAUUUGUUUUCUUCAUCUGUGGUAUUGACCUGCCCCCCUCUUCUGCUUAGGUGUUGAACUGGGUGAGAGACCAGUCUGAGAAGGAGGCAGACCUCCAGCAGUAUGUUCCCCACCUGCAGAGUAACACCAUCCUUAGGCUGCUGCAGCAGGUGACUUAUUGCUCAUUUUGGAUUGUUUGCUUACUUAUACUUUGAUGGUCUGUUAAUCUCACUCGUAGUUAAAUGUCACGAAUAUGUGUCAAACAAUAACUAAUCAAAUACAAUACAAUAUAACUUUAUUAUUAACCAUGUCUGUUGUACUUGUUGUAACUCUAUAGUGCAGGGAUGGGCACCAGGAGGCCCGCGAGAUGAUUAAAUGCCGUCCACAAUAGAUUUAGUUAAUAAAACAAUUGGGAUUAAAAAACAACUCCAGGCUACAUUUGAACGUCUAAAACCUUAUAGAAAGUAUGUAGAAGUUAUAAUGUACUUAUGUAUUUUAAAAUAACUGCCUUUUUCCAGCCCACAAAUAGAUUUUGACGCACAAAAUGGUCAACAACAAAAAAAACGCAGCCUCAAGAUGUUUCCCAUCUCUCCUAUAGUGUGUAAUGCAUGUUGUCAUUGCAACAAAAUGCUUUGUAACUCAUGUCAUGUAUUGUAUGUAAAUUGUGGUCCUAUGAGCUAAUCACUGAAAACUGUUUAUUUUAAUGGGAUAUUAGGUGGCUCAAAUCUAUCAGAGCAUUGAGUUCAACCGUCUGGCCUCCCUGGUUCCAUUUGUGGAUGCCUUCCAGUUGGAGCGCUCCAUUGUGGAUGCUUCCCGACACUGUGAUCUGCAGGUAGAGUACUAGACAUGGAUUUUGCCUGGAACAAUGAGAUUCUCUGUGCAAAAUCCUAGAAAGUGGACUUUUCAACUAAAUACAUUUUUGUGUUUUCAUACCUAUACACUUUGAAUUCAGUCAGUAUUUCCAGGACUAAAAUAUGAACACUUCUGUUUAUAUUACACAGAAUGGUCACAGGAGGUUGGUGGCACCUUAAUUUGGGAGAACGAGCUCGUGGUAAUGACUGGAGCGAAAUUGUAUCAUACACAUGGCUUCCAGGUGUUUGAUGCCAUUCCAUUGGCUCCGUUCCGGCCAUUAUUAUGAGCCGGUCUCCCCUCAGCAGCCUCCGCUGAGAAUGGUACACGUGAAAAUAUUUUGGAAAUGUCUGUUCUAGGUUCGAAUUGACCACACCACUCGAAACCUGAGCUUUGGUUCAGACCUGAACUACUCGACCAAAGAGGACUCUCCUGUGGGACCGUUCCUGCAGAACAUGCCCUCUGCGCAGAUCAGGAACCAGCUGAGAGCCAUGUCAUCAUCCUUGGCCAAGGCGAUCCAGGUCAUAAAGCCUGCAUCCAUGCUGGUGAGCACAGCCCCCCGUCGAGAUAGCAUUUGGAUAUGGACAGCUAGCCCUAAAAACGUCAAGUCGACGAUGUCGCUGUCCUCCCUGAUCAAAUAUCAAAACUUGCUUUCUUAUCUAUCAUCCCCGAUGCACAUUCCAUAAAUUAUUCUAUGGUAUUUAGGGCCAAUACUGUAUGUAUUGUUCCAUGCAUAUACAUACAAACACACCACCAAUUCACAUUGAUACUGCAUUCAUGCAAAAUCUCUGUUACUCCUUUUCAUUCUCGCUCUAACAAACCUGUCCCUAUCUCUCACUCUUCUACCCUCUUGUCUGCCAUGUCCAGCAAGAGCGCGAGGAGCAGAGCCAGCUGGCCAUCACCGCCUACCUGAAGAACGGCCGCAAGGAGCAUCAGCGCAUCCUGGCCCGCCGGCAGACCAUCGAGGAGCGCAAGGAGCGCCUGGAGAACCUGAACAUCCAGCGGGAGAAGGAGGAGCUGGAACAACGCGAAGCGGAGCUGCAGAAGGUGCGCAAAGCAGAAGAGGAGCGCCUGCGCCAGGAGGCCAAGGAGCGCGAGAAGGAGCGCAUCAUGCAGGAGCACGAGCAGAUCAAGAAGAAGACGGUGCGCGAGCGGCUGGAGCAGAUCAAGAAGACAGAGCUGGGAGCCAAGGCUUUCAAAUACUUCGAUAUAGAGGUAAGCUACACAAACUCAACGAAGCUGUACAUUCUGCCACUCAUCAAACAUAUUAACCUUAGAGAUCCUAUUAAAGCUGCAAUAUGUAACUUUUUGAUUGACCGGACCAAAUUCACAUAGAAAUGUGCAUUAUAGAUCUGUCAUUCUCAUUGAAAGCAAGUCUAAGAAGUGGUAGAUCUGUUCUUUGUGCUCUAUUUCUAUGCUUCCCAUUAAGUUUUGUUUUUGCGUCUUUUACUUUCGGUUUUGUACAUCAGCUUCAAACAGCUGAAAAUAUAAUAUUCUGGGUUAUGGAAAAUAUAUUUCACAGCGGUUUAGACGGUACAAUGAUUCUCUACACUAUACUUGCUUGUUUUGUCACAAAAACUGAAAUUAGGUUAACUGUUAGAAUUUUAGCAACUAGGAAAUGGCGGAGCGAUUUCUGCAUAGUGCAUCUUCAAAUUACUAGACGGGCUAUGUCAUAAACCCUCAAAGUUCCAGAAUGGGGUGAUACUCUGUAGCUCAGCUGGUAGAGCACGGCGCUUGUAACGCCAAGGUAGUGGGUUCGAUCCCCGGGACCACCCAUACACAAAAAUGUAUGCACACACGACUGUAAGUCGCUUUGGAUAAAAGCGUCUGCUAAAUGGCAUAUUAUUAUUAUUAUAAUGGCAGCAAUAUUGGUCGGAAAAAUCCAAACCAGUCUAAUUGGAAUGAAUGGCAUUAAAUAAAAGUAAGGCAUGUUAUGUAAUAGAAUUGUCAACCUAAAAUAUUGUCAUAUAAAUACACUGAGUGUACAAAACAUUAGGAACACCUGCUCUUUCCAUGACAUACACUGACCAGGUGAAUCCAGGUGAACUCUAUGAUCCUGGAGAAACUUAUUGAUGUCACCUUUUAAAUCCACUUAAAUCAGUGUAGAUGGGGAGGAGACAGGUUAAAGAAGGACUUUUAAGCCUUGAGACAAUUGAGACAUGGAUUGUGUAUGUGUGCCAUUCAGAGGAUGAAUGGGCAAGACAAAAGAUUGACGUCUCUUUGAAUGGGGUGUAGGUGCCAGGCGCACCGGUUUGUGUCAUGAACUGCAACGCUGCUGGGUUUUUCACCCUCAACAGUUUCCCGUGUGUAUCAAGAAUGGUCCAUCACCCAAAGGACAUCCAGCCAACUUGACACAGCUGUGGGAAUCAUUGGAGUCAACAUGGGCCAGCAUCCCUGUGGAACGCUUUCGACACGUUGAAGAGUCCAUGCCCUGAUUAAUUGAGGCUGUUCUGAGGGCAAAAAAGGGGGGGUGCAACUCAAUAUUAGGAAGGUACAAUACUGGUUCUAUACGAAUUUUCUGUAUAAAUAGCCUCUAAAAUAUAUGUAAACAGACCAUAAAUGUCUCAGAUUUUGUUUUCUUGGAAAGCUGUGAGUGCUAUUAUACAGAACAAAAAUAUAAACGCAACAUGCAACAAUUUCAAAGAUUUUACGGAGUUACAGUUCAUAUAACGAAAAUCAGUAAAUUGAAAUAAAUUCCUGAGGCCCUAAUCUGCAUCCAUGCUGAUGAGCACAGCCACCCAUGACUGGGAAUACACAUACUAUAUGCAUCUGUUGGUCACAGAUACCUUAAAAAAAAAGUAGGGGUGUGGAUCAGAAAGCCAGUCAGUAUCUGGUGUUACCACCAUUUUCGUCAUGCAGAGCGACACAUCUUCACAUAGAGUUGAUCAGGCUGUUGAUUGUGGCCUGUGGAAUGUUGUCCCACUGAUCUUCAAUGGCUUUGCGUAGUUGCUGGAUAUUGGCAGGGAUUUGAACACGUUGAUCCAGAGUAUCCCAAACAUGCUCAAUGGGUAACGUCUGGUGAGUAUGCAGGCCAUGGAAGAACUGGGACAUUUUCAGCAUCCAGGAAUUGUGUACAGAUCCUUGCGACAUGGGGCUGUGCAUUAUCAUGCUGAAACAUGAGGUGAUGGCAGCGGAUGAAUGGCACGACAAUGGGCCUCAAGAUCUCGUCACGGUAUCUCUUUGCAUUCAAAUUGCCAUCGAUAAAAUGCAAUUGUGUUUGUUGUCCGGAGCUUAUGCUUGCCCUCACCAUAACCCCACCUCCACCAUGGGGCAUUCAAUUAACAAGGUUGACAUCAGCAAACUGAAUGCCCACACAACGCCGUACACGUGGUCUACGGUUGUGAGGCCGGUUGGACGUACUGCCAAAAUGAUCUAAAACAAUGUUGGAGGAGGCUUAUGGUAGAGAAAUUAACAUUUCAUUCUCUGGUAACAGCUCUGGUGGACAUUCCUGCAGUCAGCAUGCCAGUUGCACGCUCCCUCAACUUGAGACAUCUGUGGCAUUGUGUCGUGUGACAAAACUGCACAUUUUAGAGUGGCCUUUUAUUGACCCCAGCACAAGGUGCACCUGUGUAAUUAUCAUGCUGUUUAAUCAGCCACUUGAUAUGCCACACCUGUCAGGUGGAUGGAUUAUCUUGGCAAGGUGAAAUGCUCACCAACAGAGGUGUAAACAAAUUGGUGUGCAAUUUUUGAUCAAAAUAAGCUUUUUGUGCAUAUGGAAAAUUUCGGGGAUCUUUUAUUUCAGCUCAUGAAACAUGGGACCAACACUUUACACGUUUUGUUUAAUAUUUUUGUUCUGUAUAUAUGAUACAAUGUCAGCACUAGUUGCAUUUACAAUUCGUCUAAGUCCUAUCAUCAACUGACUGAUUUCAGCCAGUGUAUGGCUGAGGGUUGACAGCAUUGUUUGAAUGGAAUGUUGGCUUAUUGGCAGUUAAUUUGACAAAUUAAUGGAAUUGUUCCUCUCAAACUGGCUGGCUAUCUAACAAACAUACAGUGCAGGUACAUUCUUAAAAUGCAUUAUUUUACACUGUCUUAUCACAGCUCUGGCAAACCAUCGUUGCCCAACUCCCUGACCAAAAUGGCUGACCUUUAUACCGUCAUAAGAAGGUUAAUGACCAUUCUAGUAUUCUAAUUCUAUGUCAAUGAUGUUAAGACAAGUUUUUUCCCAAUGGGUCAUACCUGUAUCAGUACCGUAAGUGUUAACCUGGAAUGUAGAUGCAAUCUAGAAUGGGUUUUGGAAAAGAAGUGUGGAUGUACAAUGAUGAAAUUAACUCUUAACCACCCCUUUCACAGAACCUUGAGGACCUGGACCCUGACUUCAUCAUGUCCAAGCAGGUGGAGCAGCUGGAGAAGGAGAAGAGAGAACUUCAGGACCGCCUGAAGAACCAGGAGAAAAAGGUGAAGACAUUGAAUUUUCAACAAAUUAGGCGAUUCCAUGUUUUCUGUCUUGCCUGUUACACAAACAGGUGAUACGUAAAGACCUCUACUAGGGGAAAAAAUGACUCUCUCAACAUUGUUUCAUGUGUGGACUGGUCCUUGCAGAUUGACUACUUUGAGCGGGCCAAACGUCUGGAGGAGAUCCCCUUGAUCAAGAAGGCCUAUGAGGAGCAGCGUGUCAAAGACAUGGAGUUAUGGGAGCUCCAAGAGGAGGAGAGGGUAUGGCAAUAUAUUUCUUCAGUGUCUAUGCCUUUGUAAAUCCUAGACAAAAAACAAUCUUGGUCGAACAAGAGUUGUCUGUUCUUAAAAUGUGUAUUUUUUCCAUAUAUUGACACAUCCUAUGUGUUUUAAUCAAAUCAACUAUAUUCACUGAGCUUGUCUGAUGCUUUAAUCACACUGUUUGAUUAAAUAAUUAAGAAACACAAAUGACUAGAGGGAGUCCGACCAGCAAUUGAUUUGAUUGUGCUGGGCCAGGCUCAGACUUGCUGCGCUGUGUUUAAAAAAAUUAAAUUAAAAAAAGACAGCGAGUGACUGUGUGACUAGCACCCGUUGUCUCGUUCUCCUCUCUGCUGCAGCGUCCACCACAGAACAUCAACAGUGUUUAUCGCGCUGUCCGUGUUGCUGAAGCUGCAACAUAAUUACAGCCAUUUCUGACUGAAAAGUUCUGUUACAGAAAUCCCGCAUUUGUUUAGGAAAAUAAUUCCCUAUUCCCUCAACCCUUGCUCUCUUUACGUGACACAUGUAUGAAUCACAUGCACGUGACCAAAGACCUAUUCGCAUUGGACUAGUAUUACUAGAGAAUGUUGGUUAUGUAAUUAUUACUCCAGAAUGUCUGUUAUUCCAGAGGACGAUUAGAACAGGAUUAUUUUUUUCCAAACUGCCCCCUGUAAUUAUUAUUAUUUUAAAAAUUAACAGUUAUGACUAAAGCCUGGAGGUUUUUAUUCUAGGCUUGAAGAUAGGGCCACACUGAUAACUCGAGCUUGCUUCCCAAGUUUCUAAACCAUAUCAAACUAUCUUUGGUAUAGUGUCGCCAUAAUAUUUGAAUUGAGGAAGUGUGAUCAUAAUUAUUAGGAUAUUUUAGCCAUCCACAGUACGUCCUAAAUGCCCCCCAGCCUUCAGAUGUGAGCUAAACAGUGCAAUUGCACUUGAGAUUUUAAUGCUAUCGAUGAGAAAGUUAACUUAUGAUUUCCAAACUUUUAGGUCAGUUGUAUGCUGCUUUGCGAUCUAUUAACAGAAAGGGUUGCAUUACAUAGGCUCAAUAUUUUUUACUGAUGCAUUUGGCAAUAUUCAAUUCAUAUGCACAAAACAUAUAAACAAAAGCAUUCACUGUGAAAGUCGAUGGGCUACAUGUAGGCCAUUCAUAUAUAGCUUAUGCGCAGCACUUAGUUCAAUUUAUCGAAUCAGUUAUUGUUUUCUUGUGCAAACCGCCGUCAAACUCAGCCAUUUCUCUCAAAACACAGGGAUGUCAAUUCGCACGGGACUAGUAUUAUCAGAGGACCUUGGAGUUCUACAAAAAACUGUAGGUUAUUCUGGCUGGAAUUGUUACUCUCCUGCCAUGUAAAAAUUACUGCCAUGGCAGAUUUAGAGGGGACUAAAAUUACAUAUGUAAAACUAAUCCUGCCCGAAUAGGCCAAAAUAGGGCCUGACCUAUAGUAUAUCAUAACCACAUUAAUAAAUUGGUUAUAACAAACUCUGAACACUGUAACACAUGUGACAGCAAAAUGGAUGCAGAGGACAUGACAAAUAAACUCAAAAUGGGGGAAUGUUUACUGGUUGCGCAGGAGGUAAAGGGAAAGUCAGAUGUGUGGAAUAAAUGUGACUAGUUGUGGAAAAUACUGGAGAUCAAGAAAAAGAAGGUAAGGAGCAAGCGCUGCGUGUGCCAAUCAGGUACUGUAUAAAUUACAAUAUAAUUUUCUGACCGUUUGGAACAAUGUAAACAACGCUAAAUAAAUUAUAAGCGUAUCUAGAGAGUGUAAAGUUUUUUUGCUUAGCCUUUAUUACAGCAAAGACUAAAAACAGUUGCAUUCAUUAAUGUAAUUUCUGAAAUGGAACGGUUUAUUUAUUGUUUAAGCUAAUUAUUCAAAGCUUGCUUAAUUUUUUAUUUUAAAACUCAAAUGGUUGAUUGCAUUUCAAAUCAUGAAUGACUCCUAUGCUGUGUGAUGACAUGAACCACUUACGACUUAUUGAUUGAUACAGUAGCCUAUAUAAGUAUUGAAAUGUAGGCUUAAGUAAGUUACGGUAUUAAGACUAAAUAGGAUGCACUCUUAGGCCUGCAGCUCAAUGGUGGUUAUACAAGGCUGCUAUACUAAGCCUACUAAUGAUAGACAUCACUUAUGAUCAUAAUAAUAAUAACAAUAAGAAGUAGAUGAAGAAAAAGGAGCGCUAUUAUUAUUAUUAUAAAUCUAAUUUUUCGGAUAAUUUGGAACAGUGUAAACUACACUAAAUAAAUUAUAAAUAAUACCAGAGAGACUAAGGGAAAAAAGUAUAAAGCCUUUAUUACAGCAAAGAUUAAAAACAGCCACAUUUGUGAAAUUGUUUACUUGAAAUGUUGUUGCGAGAGGUUUGGUGUUCACGGAAUCAAUAGGAUAUUAAACAAACAGGCAACAGAAGCAGGAUCUGUCUUAUUUCUGUAGAUACAUUGAUGAUUUAUAAAGCCAGGCACAUUUAACAGUUAGGCUAUUGAUUAUAGACCUAAUUAAGUUGUGGUUUCCUCUCCUCACUUUUCUUAGUCAAUAAGGCAAGGGCUGUUUUCUCAUCUCCUCAUUCUGCUGCUGCCUCCGCCGCAUUGUUCUCAACACCAAUAUGCUGAUUAACUUUGCUAUUAUGCACAUAGCAACAUGGUCUAGGAAAAGGUGCCAUUUCAACAGCGCACUGAUGUGUUUCUGAACCGCGGACAGUGACCACUAUCCAACGCGGGAGAGCGCAUUUUGUUAUAAUAUUAUUUGUAUUAGUGUUGCACCAUUGUUCUUAUGUAAUAUAACCAUAUACAAUUUCAGUAGCACGUCUUAGACUGAUGGACUGUGCCAUCCCCACGGUCUCCACAAUGGAUCAGUCCACUCAGACAGGAGCCAAUCAGACAGGGUUCUUGUACACCAUGAUCUUUUUAAUUGUGCUACUGCUCGACUAAAGAAAUCUCGGUCGACCAACAACCUAUCGACCAAACAAUCGACCAGUCGACUAAAUGGUGUCAGCCCGAAAGCCAUCAUAGAUAGGAUGCAUGAACUGAGCGCUCUAGUGAUGGCAGACUGUCAGGCUGACUGGUCCAUGUUUUUUUGUGUAAUAAUAAAUAAAACAAUUGUGGUUACACAAUGGUCAAUGAUUAUGGUCCAUGUGUUUUGUGUUGUAGAUCAGCAACAUGAAGGUGGAUCGUGAGAAGGCCUUGGAGCACAAACAGAGGAUGUCCAGAAUGAUGGAGGACAAGGAGAACUUUGUGGGCAAAAUAACCGACGCUCGCAGCUUCAUCUACGAGGUGAACGCCAUUUGAACAUGCAUGAAACCACAGAUUCUAGAAGCCCAUUGGCAAUGGCAUUAAAGAGCUAUUAUCAAUUGCUACAAAGAAAGCAGGAGUAACCAAACAAAGUAUUACCAGUGUCAAUGGUGUUCUACCAUUAGUUAUUUUGCCAGAAUUCUUUUUCAUUUAUUAAGAACACGCCUCAGUAAGAAUGUAAUGAGUUGAAAGAGUUGGCCUAAAAUGUCUUUGUUCUUCUUACCUUCCAAGGAAAAACUGAAACAGUUCCAGGAGCGCCUGGUGGAGGAGAGGAAGAAGCGUCUAGAGGAGAGGAAGAUCCACCGUAUGGAAGAUCGCCGCAACACCUUCUACCGCAAUAAAGAGGAGGAGGCCCAACGCAUCCACGAGGAGCAGCUCAAGAAAGGUACCUCAUAGUUACCUCUCAGGCCCAGAGAUGACUAGAUAUAUAGUAUGGAUGUCAAAUUAACUUAGAUCUAGUCCUCUGAGUUUCUCUUAAAGGGUGGAAUACAGGGCAUAAAAUGUAACUUUUUGAUCCACCAGCCACUUUGGCAGGUAGAUUUACAAGUCUACCAGCCAGCCAGAUUUGUUACCAGCCAAAAUAUUAUUUUUCCGCUAAAAUUACACCGCAACAAAACACAUAUGAGCAUGUUUUGUAAUGUUUCUAACACAAUAAACGUAUUACUAGUAAGAAGUAAUGUGGUAUAUUGUAACAAAAAAAAUUGGGGGACCUGGCUUUUAACCAAAAUAUCACAGAUGACAGAAAGUAGAAGCGUUGUCUUUUCUUCCCUAGCAGUUGAAACUCAAAUAUAGAAAAACAACCUAGCUUGUGAACAAAACAAUGGAAAUAACCAAGAAACACAAGGACAAAGUCUAACUUCAGUAGACUUUUGAUUCAAGUAAAUUAGACCAACUUUUAUGCCUGUGCGCAGCGCUUCUAAAAAUGAAUCUUUCACUCAGCUCUUCACGUUCGCACAGCCCCCGCCCAGGCAGUGUUGUAGCACGAGGUGGAAUAGGCUAUAUAGGAUUCGUAGUUCUUUGACUUUGUGUGAUUCAUUUUCCAGCUAUGAAACAAAAUGGCGGAAAUACUUUGAAAACAGCUACUGCAGCAUUUCUUUUACUAUAAAUGUGAUCAUACUUUACUAUUUUUAUUUACAAAUGCGAGUGAAAUGCUCGCAAUGUGGAGGCCUGACCUGCCACCAACGUGGCUGGUGAAAUAAACAUCUUACCCGCCAAUGCCAAAAUCUACCCGCAGGUGUUAAUUUUAGGCCUUGGUGGAAUAGUUGAAUUGAUGUCAAUUGAAGAUGUGUGAAAAAACUUGAGUUAUGCGCACGGAUUUAGGUAGGUUAGAUUUUGGGUCCAAUGUGUUUUUUGGUUGGCGCUUGUUCAUCUGGGUGUCCCAUGUGACGCUUGCCCCAUAGUCUUCAGUGGUCCUGUGUUCUGAAUCGACGUAUUAUCCAUGUGUUGUUGCAGAGCGCGAGGAGCGUGAGCGCAUCGAGCAGGAGGCACGCGAGGCGGAGGAGGCGGUGUACCAGGAGCGCCUUGCCAAAUUGGAGGAGCAGGAGAGGAAGCAGCGCGCCCGGCAGCAGGAGAUCGAGGAGCGUGAGCGCCGCAGGGAGGAGGAGAUGAGGGCCCCUGCUAGGUCCGAGGAGAAACCCAGAGGAGAAACCAAGGUAGCCUACUACACAUCCUGGCCAACAUCUCCUCCCAGAGCAGUUUCACACAGCCUCACUUUGUCUGUUGAGUCAAAGGUGACUCGCUUUAAAGCAGUGUUAAGAUCAAUAUAUAAUAUUAAUAAAUGGGUUUUAUGUAGCGCUUUUAAUGGACACAAAGUCGCUUAAAAGUUUUGUUCGCUCAGUGAUGAUUCUCCUCCAUUGAUCGCUCAAAGAGCGACAUGAAAUUAAAUGCACUUCUAUUUCACCGGCGAACUGAGAGCGACAAGCACAGGCACCCGUCUGAAAGUAAAAUAUAGCUGUUUUUCCUCUUCACAAUGUGAAGUGUCUUGACACUUUGGGUAUAAAAUGCGACAUGAAUGUAGUCCUUUACCCUGUCAACUUAGUACCCUAUUAACUUAAAAAUGAGCUUAGAUAAAGGUUUAUUGAGUAGGAUAAAAUGAUCAUAAUUAUCCAAAUAUUUGUAUUAUAUUUUGUAUAUAUGUUGUAAAGGUAAUGAAACCCGUCACUCAGUGUUGGACACUCUUUUCCUCUCCAGGACUGGGGUGCUGAGAAGGAGGAGGGAGGAGGAGGAGGAUGGAGGAGGCGUACCGAGGUUGAAUCAGAGAGGCGUCGCCCCGUGCCUGAUAAGUGAGUGUGAUUUCAUUCAGACUGUAUUUUUGAAGCACUUAAUCUGGUUAAAAAUACUUUGUGUUCACUGGUCAAAAUAUUGUUUAUUAUUCUCUAUAGUGUCGCCGUACCAGCUAAGUGAGUGGGAUUUCAUUCAGAUUGCACAUUUUAAGUAUUUUACAUGGUUUAAAAUACUUGGUAUGUUUGUGUUCACUGGUCAAAGUGACAUGUCCCUAUCUGUCCUAUAACGGUGCUGUCCGCUCGCUCUCUCUAGGGACUGGAGAGCCGAGGGCCGCGAGGAGGGCGGCGAGGACAGAGACAGAGAGCCAUCCUUCAGGAGAGGAGGAGACGGCCCUCGCCGUGGCGGAGCCGAUGACCGUGGACCCCCACGCAGGGGCUUCGGGGAUGACGACCGCCCCCUGCGCAGAGUCAUGGACGAGGACCGUCCACCAAGGAGAGCCUUUGGGGAUGAUGACCGCGGUCCCAGAAGGGGAGGGGAUGAGGACCGCGGUCCCCGCAGAGGCUUUGAUGAUGGCCCCAGGCGUGGUUUUGAUGACGGCCCCCGCAGAGGCAUGGAUGAGUCCAGGGGCUCCAGACGCGGGGCUGAUGAUGACACCUGGGGCCCCAGGAGAGGAGGAGAUGACGAGAGGGGCGGGCCCCUUGACGACAAGCCAUGGAAGCCCGCUGUCCGACCCGGUAUGGAUGCGUUUUUCGUUUCAUCUGUUCCAAAUAUGGAUUAUUGAAUUAAUGUGGUUGCAUGUUUGUCUUGUGUAGUAAGUGUGUUUUCGUUGAAAGAGCCCUUGUACUUGUUCUCCUAUAGUUCUGUUCAUUAUUUAUUGAACUUUAUUGAACCAGUUCUUCUCACACGUUGUGCUGGAUCAUGGGCAGUUGCUCUGGUGUCUGCUUCAGGUGGUGGCUGGCGUGAGAGGGAAAAGGCCCGCGAGGAGAGCUGGGGUCCACCCCGCGAAGGUGGCGGCCGCAAGGAGGGCGAAGAGGGCGAGAGGGAGGAGAGAGAGGAAAAACAGGAGAGCGACCGCUUUCCAGAGCGCCGCCCACCCAGGUCAGACACACAGUAGGUGGACUACAAACAGCACUACUGUGAUAUGGAGGCUCAUAUAGCAUAUGAUCAGGAGUGGCCCUAAACGGGUGGAUGGUUUUACUGAUACUGUGAAAAUAAGGUAGUCAUACAUGUGUGUUAUGGCGAGGUGUAGCUCAGUUGGUAGAGCAUGGCGUUUGCAAAAAUGUGUGCACUCACUAACUGUAAGUCGCUCUGGAUAAGAGUGUCUGCUAAAUGACUAAAAUGUAAAUGUGUAGGUUUUUUUUAUGGAGUAAUUCGGGGACCUCUGUUUUCAGGGAGGAGGGUGGUGGAGGUGGUGGUGCCUGGAGAAGGCCAGGUGCUGAUGAGGCGCCCAAGAAAAGCUGGAGAGACUCUGUUCGUCAGGAAGAGCCUGACCGCGAGGACCGCCCUACUAUCCGUCGAGAGCGACCUGAUCGCAGGGACGACCAUCCCCCGCCCAGCAGAGAGCCUGAAGAAGGUAAGACGAGCCUGCUCAGUCCUCUGCAGACACGUUUAAAGUUUUGCAAAAAGCUUUUAUUUUAAACCAUUUAGCCAGCAGGUGUCCCCACUUGCUCUGUAUUCAUUGCAAGCGUCAACCGGUAUCAAGCAUCAACCUGUUAAUGCAGCAAUACUCUAUCAUUCAUUGCCAUACCAUGAAAAUCGAGUCUACUGUAACCCCUGUCCUGUGGCAGUAUUUCCAAUCUGGAGGAGGUCUUUUUAAACAACACUUAGUUAAGAUGCCAUCCCCUAACGAGACGGGGUUCUGUGCACACAGGAGGAGGCUCUUGGCGCCGUGCCGGUGACGACAAGCGUGAGGAGCGUAAAGAGGAACGUCCGACUCCCCCCAGACCCAGAGAGGGCGAGCAUGACGAGGACGGAGAGAAGAGCUCCUGGCGCUCCGAGAAAGACAAAGAGAACGCUGGUCGUGCCAAGAAGACCACCGACGAGACCGACGAUGACGGCUGGACCACUGUGGCCCGCCGCUGAGUCCACCCGCUCUCUAAGCAUCUGCUUCAAAAUAGCCCCACUGGCUAAUGUACCCCUUAUUGCCGCCAGCCUCUUAGUGGUUUAACCUUGGCAUAAGUUUAUUAAAACGUUGGCAUAGCAAAGCUGUUUAAUUGUUAAAUCAAAUGUGUCAUCUUAUCAACAACUAUCUCUUGCCAUUGAAUAUGUAUUUUGUUAAAGUGGCUUCUUAACCUAAAAACGAGUUGAUUCCCAUGUUGAUGUGCAUUCUUAGAGUAACUACACUGAACCAAAAUAUAAACACAACAUGUAAAGUGUUGGUUUCAUGAGCUGAAAUAAAAAAUCCCAGACAUUUUCCAUAUGCACAAGAAGCUUAUUUCUCAAU